AUGAGUGCAAAUAUUGUUACUAUUAUGGUAGUUACUAUACUAUGGCUUAUAACAAUUAUUAAUGGAUCAUAUUUACCUGAUGACACGAGACCUAAUUCUCAACAAGAAGUUAUAUUUAAUGAUGAUGAAGAAUCAUUCCUUGCCAAACCACCAUAUUUACAUUCCAUCAAUCAAUAUUUCAAACAAUCCACCCAGGAUAAUGAAUUUGAAAUUGAAGAUAAUGAAGAUGAAGAAGAUGAGUUGGAUGAUAUAAUUUCCAUCGAGGAUAUUAACAAUAUAAGUUUGAAAAAACCAUACACUUGGCAAAAAGUCCUUGAUGAUAUCCGAAACCUUAAUAUUCAACAUGGUGAUAAAAAAUCAUACAAAUUAUUCUAUUUACAACGUCAUGGAGAAGGAUGGCAUAACUAUGCCAUGUCCAAAUCGUACUAUAACAGUUCAGAAUGGGGAUGUUAUUGGCAAUUACAAUCUGGAGAUGAUGUAAUUGAAUGGGAAGAUGCAUUAUUGACCCCCUUAGGAAUCAAACAAAUUAAUAAUUUAAGAGAUCAAUUCGAUAGAGAAGAAUUACCAUUUCCAAAUCAAUUUUAUGUAAGUCCAUUACGUAGAACAGUUAAGACUUGGGAAUUAAUGUGGAAGGAUAAAACUGAUCAAAAGGCUAUAGUGAAGGAAUUUGCUCGUGAAAGUUAUGGUAUCGGUACGGAGAGUAAACGUCAUGAUCGGAAAUAUUUAGAAGAUAAUUUUGAUUUUUUAACAUUUGAAAAUGGGUUUAAUGAUGAAGAUGUAUUAUGGACGGAUAAAGUUCAUGAAAGUAAACAACAUCGGAAUUGGAGAGCUCAAACUUUAUUAAUUGAUAUUUUCCAACAAUUGAAACAAGAAGAAGUAGAUGUGAUUAGUAUUGUAUCUCAUUCAGGAUUAAUUAGUUCGAUAUUGAAAGUUAUUGGUCAUAAGAAAUGGAAAUUACCAACAGGAUCAAUGAUACCAGUUGUGAUUGGGAUUGAUUGGGAUAAAUUUGGUAAAGUUUAUAAAUUAUCUAAACCAUGGAAAACUAUGGAAGAUUAUUGUCCUAUUAAGAAUUAA